CCCACAUACCUCCCAUCAACUCCAGGAAACAUGGCGGAGGUCAGGGAGUGUGCGGGAAGGAGAGCGUAUGAAUUCGGACAUAAAGUGUUUAAAUGGUACGUUCUGGAGAACCGAAUCCAACACGGAACAGAGGUUGCCUCUCUGUCCGCUGGGUUUCUGUUCGAUGACAUUAAAAACUGUGAGCGGAACAGAGCUGAAAAAGCCGCGGUUCGGACAGCUGCUGAGAGUUACCGGGACGGGUCAAAGGUGAGCCAGCUGCUGGGCGGAGGUGAAGCCGGUGUGGAGAACGUAAACAAGCCUAAAAAACACUGUUAUCCUGGACUUAAGAAGGAUUUAUUUUCAAAAAGAACUCUGGUAGAACUUUCUAAGCAAAAUGUUCCUCAGUAUCGGUGCCGUGAUAAGUUCUGGAGGACUUUAUCACUCUUUUCCCGCAUUCAGAGUCCAUGUAGAGUCCAUUUGGAUACUGGAUAUCCUCAGUAUAUUAUGAUCAGGAACUACAGUGUCGACACAUCCACAUCUGAGCCCCUGUACAGAACCAAAACCGGCUACUAUGAUAUCCUAGAGGUCUCACCCACCGCCACCCAAGCCCAAAUCAAAACUGCCUACUACAAGCAGUCCUUCAUCUUCCAUCCAGACAGGAACUCCGGCAGCGAGAAAGCCACUGAGCGCUUCUCAGAGAUCAGCGAGGCCUACAUGGUUCUGGGCAACAAGGCUCUUCGGAAGAAAUACGACAGGGGCCUCUUACGCCUGUCGGACCUCACUGCCAGAGCCAGGCCCACCACCGGGGCCUCCUCUGGGGGCCAAGCCGAGCAGCAGACCGGGAGCAGGCGGUCGGUGAUGGGCAAAGACUUCAGAGAAAGAGUCUUUGACUUUGAUAAGUUCUACAAAGCCCACUACAGCGACCAGCUGCAGAGACAGAGAGACAUCCGAGUCCGAAAGGAGGAGAUGCUGAAGACGAAGCAGACCAGCAUCGGAGAAGGAAAACUGGGCAGGAUGAUGGAGAUCGGAGUUGGGAUGCUGCUGGUGUUCGCCGUGGUCAUUUUAAUGAGCACAAGUCAGUGAAAAGAGUUAGAAGGAUGAAUUAAAACUGGCUGCUGCUCGUUUCUACUUUAACUCAAAUGACCCGGAGCGACAUGCUGUAGUGUUGGUCGUUGAGACACUUGAUCACCUUCUGGAUGUUUCAUGGCGACUCUAUGUCAGUUCGUACCCACUUAUACAACCAAUGGUUUCAGGUCAUAAGGAGGUGCGGUUAUCAGAUUCCAAUAAGUAUCUGUCCUCAGAGGUCGCUCAGAGUUUUUUGGGUUUGAUCAGAGGUCUUAAUGACUCCCUUCAUAAACCCAUGUCACCUAUGCAGUGCCAUUGUAUCCUUACAACCUCCAUUUCUUAUCUGUGAACAAACCAUUACCUACCCACGCAUGUAGCAACUAAUUACCAGUUUUCUAUCUUGCUAGUUAGGCAUUUCUCAUAUAUUUCAGCUGCAAAGAAUCAGAAAAUACUCAAAUCUCUUAUAUAAUUCAGUUUAUUUGUACAAUAUUUUCUGAAGACUGUGUUUCUCACCUUAUUUCUGUUUAUUUUGGUCCUGAUCCCUGUUUGGUCCAUUUCACAGUAUAUGAACCCUGAUUAAACCAAAAUAACUGACCUUCUGCUGGUAGAUUUUAUUUACUAGAGACACACAACCAGAUUUCCUCAGAUUAGACUCUGAGUUCAUAAGAGAAAUAAUUUUUAAAUCACAGAGGUCAGGUGGGUCGGGAAUGUCCUGUGGAAGAGGGAUUCUUUUCAUACCCGAGUUGGGUACAAAACAACCAAAACUGCAAAGAUACUAAAUGGAGAAUUGACUGAAUGACUAUGAAAAUCCUAACUUUAAAGAAGAAAAAAAACAGUGGUUUAAAUAUGUUGGUUCAAAACUUAUCUUCAUGACAUUUAUUCAGUGAAAAAAAAACUUGUUUUGCUGUAAUAAAUCAGUUAUAACUUUGCACUUUGAUAGAAAACUGUUGGGUUCAGGAACAUCAUAAUUUCCACCUAAUUGGUAUUUAAACCUGUUUAACUUUAGGAAGUUUGGUGGUUGGGAUUCCUGGAUCUUGGGGCUUGAUUCACAGCAUUGGAUGGAUUAUUUCAACUGUUUGGCUUUCAUUAAGUCAUGUGUCCAUGCAGAUUAAAUUUUUAAUUCAAUGUCUAACUAUGAAAUGGAUGCAGGAUUGUAAUGAAUCUAGAAAUCUUUUAAAUGCGGGAUUGGACUGACUGUAAGGCUGAUUAUCAGAUUGUCAUUCUGAGGGAUGUGCCUUUCAUUCUCACUGUAAAUGAUAAAUGUUCUAUUGUUCCAGAUAUUUAAAAACCUUUAAGCACUA